UCCACUGAGCGAGUGCUCUGUGUCUUUUCAGUGUCCUGGUGACUCGUUCACCGGGGCUGGUCUCGAUUGUUCCUGGGUUCGCCUUGUUCUUGCGCCCUUCACAGUUCUGUUUGCCUCAUCGGUUUCCCUUCCAUGUGGGCAUCAUGGCGGAGCUUCGCAGCGGCCUAACGAGCCCUGGACAUGCUCGAGCCCGAGUCCGCCAGGCAAGAGAGUUGUCAUUUGCUGUGGGACUGAGGCGAUGACAUGAAGAAUGGAAAUUGCGUUUUGCUUUGAACUUGGAAGCCCCCAAUUCCUUCCUUUCUCUGUAUAUAUUAUGAGCGAGCACCGAGUGGUGGAUGCUCCAGACUCUCGACGUCUUCAUCGCCGGCAUCUCCAGCUUGACAUCAGCAGCAUCUUGAUCUUGUGCCUUGCACCUCAACUGUCCCCUCCAAACUCCAAGUCCCAAAACACCACCACCAGCACGAGCCCAACGUCUCAGGCAUCAUGGGCCACGAAUCCGCCAGCAACAAGAGUUACACUUCCAGCCGCACGUGGUACUGCCACAACUGCAACGAUGGCCCCCUGAACUACAAUCUCAUUCUCUCCUGUCCGAUUUGCGAUCAUCAGCGCUGCGAAUUUUGCCGGGUCGUGAAGGUGAAGCAGCCGUCAACCCACUAAAGGGCGGUGCCCCA